AUGGCUGUGAACAAUAACUUCUAUAUCGGUCUCUGCUUGGCUCUCAGCUCCAGCAUUUUCAUUGGUGCAAGCUUCAUCCUGAAAAAGAAAGGACUUCUUAAGAUUGCCAGCAGGGGCUCAUUGAGAGCAGGUCAUGGUGGCCAUGCAUACCUAAAGGAGUGGCUCUGGUGGGCUGGACUAAUAUCCAUGGGAGUUGGAGAAGCUGCCAAUUUUGCUGCCUAUGCCUUUGCCCCAGCCACACUAGUGACACCCUUGGGUGCACUGAGUGUGUUAGUCAGUUCCAUUUUGUCCUCUUACUUCUUGAAUGAGAAAUUGAACGUUCAUGGGAAGAUCGGCUGUGUGCUCAGUAUUCUGGGCUCAACAAUGAUGGUGAUCCAUGCCCCACAGGAGGAGAUGAUCCUCACCUUGGCAGAGAUGUCUGAGAAGCUGAAAAGUCCAGGAUUUAUUGGCUUUGCCAUAUGUGUACUGGCCAGUUCCACUGCCCUCAUCUUUGUGGUAGGACCUCGAUAUGGCCACAGUAACGUCCUGGUGUAUGUUCUGAUCUGCUCCUCGAUCGGUUCCCUUUCUGUGUCCUGCGUCAAGGGUUUGGGCAUCUCUCUAAAGGAGCUUUUUUCAGGGAAGCCUGUCCUGAGGGAGCCCCUUGGUUGGGUGCUGUUGUUUUGUCUGGUGAUUUGCAUAAGCAUUCAGAUCAACUAUCUGAACCGGGCCUUGGACAUUUUCAAUACCUCCAUAGUUACUCCCAUCUAUUAUGUCCUUUUCACGACAGCUGUCAUGACCUGCUCUGCCAUUCUCUUUAAGGAAUGGCAGUAUAUGGUCCUAGACAGUGUCAUCGGCACCAUCAGUGGUUUCCUAACCAUUGUUUUUGGCAUUUUCCUUCUUCAUGCCUUUCGAGAUAUGCCUUUUUCUCCUGACCUGAUAUAUUUUUCUCCAAGAUCAGGUUCAAGUAAUCCCCAUGCUCCUCCCUGGAGGGAAAAUGAAAGACAAAAUCAGCCUCUCCUAAAUAGGGAGGACCCCAAUAAAGAGUUCCAGAAUAUUGAGGUAGAAGAGAUUGAAAAUCUGUGAAUAAUCUUAGGCAGAGUCCUUUCUGUUUCUGUUGGGUAAGGUGGCCUUUGUACUUUUGCUUA